CAGUUUUUUUGGCUGUGUGUUUUGUUCGCGAAAGGCUGUUUUUCUCGUGCAGUUAAAUUAAAUAAUUUUGCAAGGCAAUGAUAUCACUGGCUGACGUCAUGGUGCAUAAAUAAACGUGUUGAAUUGGUGAGCUGCGACUCGAUAAGAGAGUGGGAUAGUUUGGUGGGAGAGAUACAUGAACGUCAAAGGUCCGCGAGACGUUGAAACAAAACGAAGCUCGGCAGUUUGGAAGAGUGUUUGCGUGUGAAAGACAUCGCGGUCAAUUUAUUCCAAUAAAUUUCAGUGAUAUUUAUAGAAGUGCCAGUGUUUUUGGGUAUUUCAUCACAAAUCAGCAGCUUCUUGUGUACAAUCUGGAUUAUUUCAUAUGCACAGACAUCUCCCGGAAAAGCCUCCAGUAACUCCUAGACUUUGAGGGAUUUUCCCUUGAGUUUUUUAUUGCUUAAAAACAUUUGAUUGUUUUCUUGUGGAAAAGUGUUUGUGCUGAGUGAGAAAAGUGCACAAAUUUCCUGUGUUUCAGAGUCAACGAGGAGGAACCAACUACUUUCCAGAAGAGUGCUAUUUUGGGGCUGAAAGCGCGAGUGAGAGAGAAAGACACAAAAUGUCGACCCCAAAGCUUCCACCGCCACCACCGCCGAAGCCUGCAAAUCACAGAAAUGAGUCAGUGGCGAGCCACCAGCACAGUGAGGAGCAACGGAACGGAGCCACAGAAGAGACAUCCGCACCGGUGAGGGCAGAACAAGUGGUGAUGACACCAAAGGGCAAAACCGCAAACUCCACAGUUAUCCUCAUUGAGCGGAAGCUCGUUGAGGAGAUCAGUGAGAGAGUACAUGUAGCUGGAGGGGAUCACAAAGGGAUUAUCAUCAAUAAAGAUGCCAUUAAAGAUCAAAAAUCCCAGAUUAUUCCUGCCCAACUGUGCCUGGAAUUCCGGGUGUUUCUAGUCAGCGCAAAUACCGGUCAACACUCACAGGAAUCCCGAACUUUGCGGUUCUGGUUCCGGGAGUGGCUGAAGGAUGCCGAAAGGCAAGCACAAGUUGCACAAGAUUUCUUCCGGGAACUUGUUACGCCCAAAGAAUUUCCCAGGGAUUAUGUGGGAUUUAUCAAGAAAAUUAUGAAACAAUUACAGAAGGGCUAUGAUGAAAUACAGGCUCUGGAGGUUGAACUGAAGAUCUUGGAGGUCACAUCAGCACCUCCAUCCAGACCACCGCGGCCCGGUUAUUUGAUAUUUUGCUAUGGUGACUGCAAUAGAAAAUUGCACAGCCGUUUAUCAACCAGUGCAGUGUCAAUUGAAGACACCCAAUUUGAAGUGAUACCACUGACACCAGAGAAAGUUCUUGAGCUCAUUGAACAGGCAUACCCUAAUCCAAUAACGCCAGAGGAUUUGGCACGGGAUAAUGGAUGGAGUGAGGAGGAAGUUCAACAAGUGCUCAUUUCUCUGCAAAAUCGUGGCCUUGUGAAGGCAAUGGAGUACAAUUCUUUCACACGAAUCCACCAUGAAGACAAGGAUAUUAAGGUGGUGAAGCAAAUGCCGACAAUUGCUUCAAACAAACAACCAACAAUUGCUAUAAUCACAGCUCAAUACUGUGAGAAAUUGGCUGUUGAUGCCAUGUUGGAGAACAAGGAGACCUUUGUCCGGUACACAACAGUCGGAACAUCAGCUGAAAAAGAUGUGAAUGGGUUAGAGAGGAGGAGACAGAAAAAGAAAAGAUUUGGGGAGUCCAAUGUAUACACUCUGGGCAAUAUUGGCGCCCAUAGGAUCGUCAGCACAAAGCUGCCGAGAGUGGGUAGCAGCAGGGAGGCAAUGACGGCCACGGGCAAUACCACAACCCGUCUCCUGGGCACAUUCCAGAAGGUGGACUAUGUGUUCAUUGUAGGAGUAGCUGGCGGUGUGCCGCAUUAUACGGACUAUCGGAAGCAUGUGCGCCUCGGGGACGUUGUCAUCUCUCAUCCGGACAUCAAAAGGAAUUCUGUGCUCGAAAAUGGCCACUCAAAUCCCUGGGGAGAGGAUCAAUUUGUGUACGUGUACAACAGUCGAGGCCGCGAGGUGAAAACAUACUUCCCGGUGAAUCCAUGCUUGCAGCAAAUUGCCAAGUACCUGCAGAUGCAACAUGUGAAGAAGCCUUGGGAGACCUACCUCAAGGAUGGCCUUAGGCAUCUUCAGGAGCGCACAAUCAAUGAUUUCUCCCGCCCAGCUGCAAACACGGACAAGCUAUACAUGAACAUUGGUAAUAGGGAUGUGAUUGAAGUGGCACAUCCACAGCAAAGUACCCAGGAUGCUCAGGAAGAUGCCACAGAUGCUGGAGGACCACUGACCAGAGUACACUUGGGCCCUAUUGGCUCAGGAAGUGAUCAGAUUAAGUCAGACACGUUGAGGACAGAAUUCUCGAGGACCUUUGGCUUACUGGCCACGGACAUCGAGAUGAGCUCUGUUCUGGACAGUGUCAUUGGGAAUUGUCGUGAUAGCUUCAUCCUCGUCAAGGGAAUUUCUGACUACAAAGACGGAACAACGACCAAGAAGUGGCAGAAUUAUGCUUCCCUGGCUGCUGCUGCCGUCAUGAAGAGCAUCAUCUGUGCCAUGGAUGCCCCCACGAAUGUCUGAGGUGUCCGUUGGAAGUCCUUAGUAUGCGAGAGAGUGUGAUUUGGAUUACCAAAAGAGAGAGAGCGUUUUUUUUCGGAAGGAGUUUGUACUUUUGUGCUAUUUUUUUCACUUGUUGUAGUCACUUGAGAUAUUUAUUUUGCUAUCGAGAAAUGUAUUUAAGAAGUCCCCUUUGUAUCAACACCAUCAUCCCUUUGAAAUUAAUCCACUGAUAUAAUUUUAUCAACACAUAUUGAAGUUCUGACAUGUAAUAAGGUAAUAAAUUGAAAUGUGCUACUUA